AUGAGCCCGGACGAGAAGAGCGUGUCGGUUGAAGGGGGCGGAGGCAAGAGCGGCGGAGAAAGGGAGCUGAAGGGGAGAGACAACACGCUGGGCACGGAGCGCGCUCACAGCCAGCUGCUGGUCACUCGGCGCCGCGGGCCCUGCGCCCCGCCGGCCGGCGUGAGCACGGUCACCGUCGGGAUCGUCGUCAUCGCCGUGGUGACGAGUAUCGUGCUCACCUCCCUGGUGUGGGUGUGCAUCAUCUACCAGACGAGGAAAAAGAGCGAGGAUUGCAGCGUCACCAACACCGACGAGACCAUCGUCCCUCCCGACGUGCCGAGCUACCUCUCCUCUCAGGGAACCUUGUCAGAGCGCCAGGACGGAUGUAUCCGCGUCGAGGCCGCCAACGGACCUCAGCCCAAUGGACACGCCGUCGACUCGACAGGCUUCGACGGUCCGGUGAUGUGCACGGACUGUCUGGAGAGCAGCGAGCACUACUCCAAAGACCCGGACUACCGGGUACACGGCUUUGCCCCAUCGGGGCUUCGCGAGUAUCAUCAGCACGUCGCCCCUCCGCCCUACUCGCACUGUCACCCGGCGGAUCGCACAGCACCCCUCUGCAACGGGACCCGCGAGGACCGCGACGUGCAUCCGUGCGAUCGAGAAGCGAACAGAGCCGGAGGAUCGCCGGCUGCGUACACGGCGCGGGAAGAUUCUUUUCACCCUCCGGUGAAGCUGACAAGCCGAGGACAUCUCGACGGUGACUGUGAGCCCGAACUCAGGCGGACUCUGCUGUCCAACGGCCACGCCGUCAGCUCCUCGCCCACCCGCAGCGCCCCCCUAGAGGAGAGUCACCGAUUCGCGGCGGACUCGCUCUAGCUGCGUGGACCUUUUUUAGUUUUCUUUCUUUGCACUGGGAAAUAAACUGCUACCUCAUAUCGAGGCCAGGCGCUUCCGAGCCUUGGAGCACCGAGGAGGGGGCGGGGAACCCGGAGGUUGAAGACGGAGCUUGUGUGGGUGGCGUCCCAUCUGAGCGUAUGUGCUGUACAUAGUUUAAAAACCUUCUGUUGGGAGGUGACCAGUAAGAUUUCUCGCUCUGAAAAAAAAUGUGACUUGCAUUUGAAGCAAAUACAGUACAGCAGAGAGUAUUUGCCUUCUUCUCAAUUUCAUACUUUUUUGCAUCGUUUUCCCUCCAAUUUCAUCCUCAAAAUUCACAAGACUUCUGGGUGAAUAUGAUCUGAACUGAUGAGCUGAAAAUGAAAUGAAAAAAUGAAGGGGUGUGUGUCUUGUUGCAUCUGCCACAAAUGGAAGAAGAAAAAAAAGAAAACAGUGAAACAUUUUGGUGGUCGUGUGAUGGUCUGCUUUAGCACUUCAGGACCUGGACGACUAGCUCUGAACCAUGAAUUUUGCUCUUUAUCAGAAAAUCCUGAGGGAGAAUGUUCAGCCAUCGGUUCGUGCUCUUAAGAUGAGGCGCACUUGGGUUCUGCAGCAGGUCAACUUUUGAAUGGCUUUGAAAUAACCCAAAUUGGCGGUUUUGGAGUCAAGUCAGGACUUGAAUCCGAUUGAAAUGCUGUGGUAGAUUGAUCAGUCACCAUUUUAUGUUUACUUGGGUUAUCUUUCGUGUGUUUGAUCUUCAAUUUGGUGAACUAUGCAAAAAAGUAAGAAUUUGAGUCGCGGGCAAAUACGUUUUCAUGGCACUGUAAACGUCGGGAACCAUGUACAGUAUGUGAAUGUGCAGGGACUUGAGACUGUACACAAGAGUUUUCCGAUAUAUCUUUUACAAAACAGAAUUUGGAUUUAUGUGCAUGACAAAGGAGUGAUAGUAUUUUAUUUUUGUUCAGAGGACAAAGAAACGGAAAAAAAAAAAACAGCCCUCUUUCAGCUUUGACCAACAGUCAGCUGUGGUGCCUUAUUGCAUGGUCAAAGAAAAUGUGUAAUAAUAGCUAGCGUACGAGAGCUUUUAUUGAGAGACACUGGUACACUCUUGCAAACACAACACUUGAUUGCACUUGAAUGUUUUCUUUUCUCCGAAGCGAUCCAAGCAGUCGCAGCCAAAUGAUGAUUCGACUACUUUGAUUAGCGCUGGAUGUUGUAUGAAGGACAAGCUUUUGGUGGCAAUGAUGUCUGUGUGUCUGAAUGGUGGAGGGUUGCUGCCAACAAAAGUGCUUGUGAGCUCCCUUCCCAGGCAGCCGGAAUGCCGUUUCCCAAAACAAGAAGCUUUGCAUCUUGAGGUCGUGAGCGGCCCCGAAGGCCCGAGUCAGCAGAAAGUCACGCUCAGCUCUGGAGCCG